GCAUUUUUAAACUACGUGCACUUAUAUCUGCUUCAGAAGACCCUUUUUCUGCAUGUAAGAGUAGUUGUAAAUAAGUCACUUAUAACUGUAAGUAGGCCAGCUUGUCACUAAAAGUCAACCCUGAUAAAAAUGUCUGGUUUGAAGAUUUUUUCUUUGUAUUUUUCAGUCCAAAAGAGAAACACACACUGCUGUCCCAGUUUAUUUAUUUCUUUAUUUUGCUGAAAGAAAGUUGACUGCACAGUCUGCACUUUAUGCAAGACUUAUUAUACUCAAGGCUUAGAAAACACAGCGAAUACAAAAGAUGAAAGGAGACUUACUUUAACAUAUAUUUAUGCUUCAACAGUAAUCUGUCUAUUAGGCCAAAGUAACACAUAGUUGCAUAACUAUCAUGCAGGCACAAGCUGGUUUCAACAAACAAGACCCUGAUAACUAAGCCCCUCCAUGUCUGACCAGCCCACAUGCAGUACAUUUUUCAAGUCCAAGGUUUUCCAUAACUGCUCCACUGAAUAACACAUUUGUUUUUUUGUUUUUUUUUCACAGCCUUUCAUUUAAUGGAUUGUUUAGAACAUCAAAAGCCACAUUAUUCUAACUCCCUUGUUUACAAACCCCAAGUGCAAAGUGUUACCAUUUUGAGUGAUGAAAGUAUUUUUGCACAUGCUUACUCUUCAUCAGGGUUUCAAAAGACACCAAAGGAUGAAAAAGAACCCCCCACCAGAAACUUUUUUUUUACACUCUGCAGAGCAUUUAAAGCACAAUGGAGAGUUGCAUCGCACCCCGUGACUUGGUAUUUGUGCCUUCAAGAGGUUUUUAUUAACUUCUCUGAGCAAUUGAGAACAGCAGGCUGCAAGAAAUGUAACACAGUCGCCCCAGGCCCCUUUUUCUCAGUGCUUCAGCAUGUUUGGGCCGACAGAGGCAGAUGACUGCAAAAUCUUGCAGAAGACACUUUAGCAGCAGCAGCAGCAGCAGCAGCGAUGGGUGGACAGGGCAGGAGAGCCUGGCUCAGGAUGACCCAGAGAUGUGGAGACUCCUGCAGCAGGAGAAGGACAGGCAGUGUCGGGGACUGGAGCUCAUCGCAUCAGAGAACUUCUGCAGUCGUGCAGCUUUGGAGGCACAGGGCUCCUGUCUGAACAACAAAUACUCUGAGGGAUACCCAGGACAAAGAUACUAUGGAGGUGCAGAGAUUGUCGACCAGAUUGAGCUGCUGUGUCAGAAGCGAGCGCUCUCAGUCUUUGGUCUGGAUCCCGAUCUGUGGGGCGUUAAUGUUCAGCCAUACUCUGGAUCCCCUGCUAACUUUGCAGCCUACACCUCUGUGCUGCAGCCUCAUGACCGCAUCAUGGGCCUGGAUCUGCCUGACGGGGGACACCUUACCCACGGCUACAUGUCAGACAACAAAAGAGUCUCAGCCACCUCUAUUUACUUUGAAUCGAUGCCUUACAAACUGGAACCCCAAACAGGUCUCAUAGAUUAUGACCAGCUGGAGAAGACUGCUCGCCUUUUCAGACCCAGACUUAUCAUAGCAGGAACCAGCGCCUACGCUCGUCUCAUCGACUACUCUCGCAUGAAGAAGUUGUGUGUGGAGCUGAACGCCUACCUGCUGGCAGAUAUGGCUCAUAUUAGUGGCCUGGUGGCUGCAGGAGCUGUUCCCUCUCCUUUUGAGCACGCUGACCUUGUGACUUCCACCACCCAUAAGUCCCUGCGUGGAGCAAGGGCUGGCCUGAUCUUCUACCGGAAAGGUGUGAGGUCCGUGGAUAAGAAAGGCAGGGAAGUCCUCUAUGACCUCCAGGACAGGGUGAACUUUGCUGUGUUUCCAUCACUUCAGGGAGGACCUCACAACCAUGCCAUUGCUGGGGUGGCUGUCACCCUCAAACAGGCUUCCACUCCCAUGUUCAAGAGAUACAUCCAUCAAGUGCUGCUGAACGCCAAAGCCAUGGCCAACGCUUUGCUUAAGAAAGGCUACACCUUGGUGUCAGGUGGAACAGACAACCACCUGGUUUUGGUUGAUCUUCGACCUCGUGGUAUGGAUGGUGCUCGAGCUGAGAGGGUCCUAGAGCUGGUGUCAAUCACGGCCAACAAGAACACCUGUCCUGGAGAUAAAAGCGCCCUCACUCCUGGAGGACUUCGACUUGGAGCUCCAGCUCUGACCUCUCGACAGUUUAAGGAGGCAGAUUUUGAAAAAGUUGUGGACUUGAUUGAUGAAGGGAUUCAGAUUGCACUGGACGUGAAGAAGAAGACCGGAAACCUGGCUAGCUUCAAGUCAUUUCUGCUGGAGGACCCAGAUACAGUGUCACGCAUCGCAGAGCUCCGCCAGCGGGUGGAGCUAUUCGCCAGGCCCUUCCCCAUGCCGGGAUUUACUGACCAUUAGAAAAAAACUCAGACAAACAAGCUGUAAUGCACAGUGUUAGGUUUUGCUUUGUUUUUUAGACAUACAUUUAAUGCUGCUUUGGUAACAAACAUCAGUUUAAAUUGAUCAGAGUGCAGCAAUACAGCAUGACAUUUCCACAUUAACUGGAAGCAUUAAAAUUACCAGCUGACCUGAAAAAAUGUAACACAGUAACAGAUAGUGAUAUGGAUAGAAAUGCCAGGUAAAUGCAUUAAAAAUAAAUGAUAAAAGUCACAACUCAUUAAAAAAUGACUCUAAAGAGGUUUAAAGAAAGCAACUCAGCUUCUCAGCUCAGCUCCAAGAGGCUUCUUCAGUUCUAACUCUGCAUUUCUAAGCAACAUGUAAACAUUCAUUAUGUAUAACAUUGUACUAAUGCAGACAUUUAAAAUGUCUUCAUAGGAGAAGGCGUAUGUUUUAAAAGUUAAUGUAAACUACUGCAGUGUUCUUAUAGAGUGGUAUAAAUAACUACUACAUACACUGCAGUUUAUAACUAAUCUGUGCUAAGUUACAGCAAAGUGGAUACUAUUAACUUCUGUUUCAUUGUAUCAGCGAUCAAUUUAGUGGAACAAUUUACUAUAUACAUUGACUAUAAAGGAUCUAAAGUGAUUUGAUUUGUUACUAGCUUGCAGUGAUAGGUGGAUAGUAGUGAUUAUAUUCAUUAAAAAUGGUAUUCAAUAUGACUAGAGUGUAAAUGUUACACAGCAAUGGACCUAUAUUGUGAGUUAACAGCACUCUGGAAUUUGCUUUCGCCUUCUUGUCAGGACUGUUAUUUGCUGCCCAAAGACAAGAAGGACCCUUAUGUGUUUUCAGGUAUUUUUGGCAUUUGGUUGCUAAGUCUGCUUAAGAGCUCUUACUGACUUCAGGCUUUGUCCUGCACUCUGGGAAGCUUGCAGCAGCUGUGUUGGGAAUUGAGCACAGGUUCAGUUUACAUCCACAGAUCCACUAACACAAAUAGAAAACAGUAAAGUAGCACAGGCGUUUCAAAACAAGGCUUCAGAUUUGUGUGUAUGUGUGUGUGUCUAAUGUAAUAGUAGCUUUUGUAGUUUUACUUUGACUUCUAUAGAAAUCAUUUCUGAGGAAUGUAUAACAUGAAUAUGCAUCUUUUAAACUGCAAUAAAACUGAUGCUGAAUGUUUACAUGUUGAA